AUGGGGAGAUUCCCAUCUACACACUACCAAGCUCUUCCAUCACCAACCACAAUCACAAUGGCUUGCGGCUCAGCUUCCUCCGGCCUUAUCAACCGCAACGGCCCCGGCAGCGCCGCCACUUCCAUCAUCGACAGCAUCGUCAAGCCCGCCGAGGCCACGGGCGGCAAGACGAAGUGCAUCGAGUGCGACGGAUACGAGUGCUGCUGCAUCCCUAUUCCCUGCACCGUCAUGUAA